AUGGCGAGGGUAAAUGUUUCUUGGACUGGAAGGGAUCUAAGCAAUGAUUUCACAAUUGAUGUACUUCCGGUGACUGUGUUUAUUUCCAUAGAAGCAUUCAUUGGCUUUUUCGGAAAUAUUACAAUUCUGUUAGUUUACUCUAGUCGUUACAGACGGAUAAACUUCCGGUAUUUUGUCUUGGCGUUGGCUCUUGUGGACCUGACAAGUUGCUGCACUACACUUCCGGGUGAAGUGUUUUCCCAGUUAAACUGGUACGACUAUCAGCAUGCAUGGAUAUGCAAAGUGAAAUCUUUUUUCAACGUUUACACCGCUUGGGGCUCAGCAUCUGUCUUACUGGUUUUGGCAAUUGACAGAUACAGAAAGAUUUGCCAUCCAUGUGAUUGGCAAAUUCGUUACCCUGUUGCUUUCAGACUUUGUGCAUGUUGCUUGAUGGUAUCGACGAUACUGUCUAUUCCUGUUUUCGUACUUUGGGGUAAGCAGACGUACAGUUACGAGCACGAGGGAAAUAAUAUUACCGUCUCAGUUUGCGAAAAAUCGGGGAAGUAUGCAGACACAAUUUAUCCACUACUUUAUAUCUGUGGCGUUUAUCUCGUGCCUGUAAGUUUAAUGAUACUCGUGGCCAUGUCUUUGAAUUCUAUAACAGUAUGGCGGUUAUUUGGACAUCACUCAAUGAAAGUUGCAAGCAUUAAACAUCAUACGGCAAAAGCGGUUGUCGCUAUAACAUUGACAUCAGAAACGUCUGAUGAAGGUACAGACAAUGAUAAGGAAACAAAAGCUACGACUUGCAACAUGACCGGGAUAGAUGAAGAACACAGAGCUGAAAACUUUAAAAAUGGAAAUUCCAAUUUCUACUUGUCUGCCAAAAAACAAGGUAAUCAAUCAUCUAAAUUCACAGGAAAAUCAUUAGAUGAAGUUUAUAUUGCUGAUGAUGAAAGAAAAUGUGAAAAUUCUUCUACUGAUUAUUUCAGUAACGAUGACGAAUUUACUGAUGAUUGUAACAGCAGAAAUGAACAAACUGGGAACAGCUCGACUGACCAAACAUCUUCUGACCAGAGCAGACGUACAUUCCGUAGGAGCAGACGAUCAGGAAAACAAACCUCAAAGUUCAAGUUGAAGAGUAAGACGAUGAUAAUACUAACCCUGACGUCAGUAUUUGCUUUCACGAUGGCGAUAUAUAUUAUACUGACCAGUCUUGUAGCUAAACCGGAUGGCAUUUUGAAAGAUAUGCCUGAUUCACAGAAGGCAGCGUUCUUCUUCUUCUGGCGUUUAUACUUCGUUAACUCCGUCGUAAAUCCGAUCUUGUACGGAUUUAUGGACCCCGGAUUUCGUUCAGGGUUUAUGUCUUACAUGUGGAGAAACAAGCAUUCUGUUACGAGCUCAACGUAA